GCCACAGCUCGUUUACGUUAUUACAUUUACCAGUGCGAUUCCUACUUGAAAGUUCGAAUUCGAGGAGAUUGUUAGAUAGUACUUUAUCGUGACUACAUGUUGAUUGAUUGAAUAACUUUCAACAACAAUGCCAUUGAUAGAACAAGCGAUUUCUGGUCAAGAGGUGACGAUACCACCAAGAUUGCCAACGAUAUUGAAACAAUUUUGUAAGGCAGCUAUUCGAACCCAGCCCUACGAUCUUCUGAGAUGGUCCAGUGCAUAUUUUCGUGCGUUGGCUGAUGGCGAGGAACCACCAGUAAAAUUGAGACUCGAAUAUCCACCACCUAGUACAGCUUCUGGUCUAACACUCGGCUUUCUUAGAGUUCUUCUUCGUCAAUUUGGAGAUUACAACAAAACAUUGUCCAUCGAUGUUAUCUCACGUCGUUGGGAAUGCUUAUGUCUCGAUCGUAAAGAAUUAAAUCUGAUAAUGAUGAUAGGGAAAUUUCGUCGAAAGUGCCAAGUUAAGAAGUUCUUGGCAAUAGCUGUUGGUCUUUUAGGAUCUAGUUUACGCGAGACAAUGAUUAUGAUCUGCGAAUUAUUUACUCACGAACCUGACGGUGGAUCGGCUAUGGUUCCAGUUACAUUAUUCAUGGAAAUUUAUGGAUACUUAGCUGGUCUUAGAUGCGAUGGUAGCGAAAGAAGUUCAUCGGAAGAAGAUCCAACAGAAUUUCUUGUAUUCGAUGAGUCUAACAGUAGCUCGUCUUCAAAAAUACACGAGUCCCUCGAUAAUAACAUCUCCGUUGAUCGUGUAUAUUCGAUCGCUAGUCAAGAUACUGAAGCUGAUGUCAAUUUAGAUUUGGAAUUAAUCUCUAAGGAAGCUGCUGAUUCCUCAAAUAUAAUAUUAUCGCCAGAAAUUAGCGGGAGUUGUUCGACGCGGGAAGAUGAUUCGAACAAUGUCGAAGAUAAAAUCUCGAGUACUAAUAACACAAUGGAAUCCACAUCAGAUAGUACAUUGAAACGCGAGGAAGACAGUAAUGCUUCUGAUCUUACAAUAGAACCAAGUAAAUCCUAUAAUUCGAAGGAUGCUCAUGAAAAAUCAUCGAAAAAUGAAGAUAAGCAAAAAGGCGUAAUUCAAGAUGACGUAAAUACCGAAAAUUCGUCCGAUAAAAGAGACGUAUCAUUGAUUAAGGAACGAAAAAAAAUCAGAAUUGCUAAUACUCAGUUAAUUUCGUAUUAUCCAAAUAUUCCAGGUAUAGGACCUCGUUUAUCCGCAGAAGAAGUAGCAAGCGUUGCUAUAUGGAUGAGCGAAUGUGCUAGAUUACAAGAAGGAAUGGUUGGUCCACGAAAUCUUCGCCAUCCUCAAUGUCCUCCUUUAUGUAAGCAAAAACAAUGUGAAUCAUGAUAGUAAUAAAUACAAUGUAUAUGAAUUUAAAAAGACUAGUUGGUUAAUAUAAAUAUUUUAGUCGAAAAUAAAUUAGUUCCCAUAAUAAAAAAAAAAAUAUUAUUAAUACGUUUCAAAGCGUAUAAAUUAGUUUAUUCAUAUAUCCGUCAUGUUUUGUUUUUCUUUAAUUUUUAAUUAUUA